AUGCAGAACACAACAGUAUCCUCUAACUCCUCUUUCUCUCUCAAUGACGGCCUUCCACUGAGAGCCUUUCUGUCCAUGACCCCCUGCUUCCUCUUCCUGUAUGUCAAUAUAGUCAUGCUGUUCACGCUGAGGUCUAAAGAGGUCUUCUGUGAGACGCCGCGCUACAUGUUGUUCGGUGGCCUCCUCUUGUCCGACUCAGUCCAGCUGGCCUUCACCAUUGUGUUCUAUAUUCUGUACAACAGCACGUUUGAUGAGGCAAUGUUAAAAAUAGUGAGCUAUGUGUGCUUCUUGCUCUACCUGGUCACUCGGGUGACCAAUAACCUGCUGUCCCCAGUGUUCCUGGCCCUGCUGUCUCUGGAGCGCUAUGUGGCCAUAUGCUUCCCUCUUCGGCACGCAGAGAUAGCCAGCAGGAGGAGGACCACUGUGAUAGUGGCUGCUGUGUGGAUCGUGGGCGUGAUAAACUGGACAGCUGACCUGACUCACAGCAUGGUCCAGUCUUCAGCCCGGACCUGUUCAGACUUCAUCGUUUCCCAAACGGCGUUGUCUUAUAUCAUAAACCAAAGUUUUACAGGCAUAGUAUUUGCGUCGGUGAGUGUUGUUGUUGUCUACACAUACAUUGGCAUUUCAAUGACGGCCAGGUCCGCAACCUCUGACAAGACAUCUAUUAGCAAGGCUCACAGGACAGUCCUCCUGCACAUGAUCCAGCUCGGCCUGUACCUCUUAUCGCUGCUGUUCGGCGUGCUGCGCCGCUCGCUGGCUGUGAGCGGCCUGCAUCCAACCACCUAUGAGCUAGCAGCGUACGGUUUGUUUAUAUGCCUGAACAUCCUGCCCAGGUGCCUCAGCCCCCUCAUCUAUGGGCUCAGAGACAAGGCAUUCUGCGCCUUCUUCAAGUACAACUUUCUAUUCUGCGUCAGAAAUAAAGUGCAGCCAUCAAUUUGUGAAAUUUAG